AUGAGUCGCAAAGCUGUACACCACCAUUAUGCUUCGGCCUCCAAAAACGAUCCUGACAAUGUUACCGCUCUUCACAGUAGCAGUGGGAGCAACGCGAGUACAGAGAGUAGUGAGGACGAGAUGGACAUUAAAUGGAGUGACCGCGGAUACACGAUGUCCGAAAUUGUAGAUCAGUUCAGCCUUCCACUGAUUGUCCGCUGUGCAACAAAUGGACGAACCCCUCGAACCAGCCUCCCAAUUCCGUUCAACAUUUCACAAGAACACCUUUUACUUUUCUCGGUUAGAGAAGUCCGGCAUUUAAUAGCUACCAAUAUUAACGACGCCACUGGUCACAACGUGGGCGCAGAAACUCUUCACAAUGAUGUGACCAUCCCAGAAGAUUUUGAUGGUCUUUUCGUCCGGCCAUACAUAACGAAGAAUGAAUCUGAACUGAAGAUACAUCAAAGUAUCGACUCCCUGAUAAAGAGCGGAACGAAAGGUUUCUUCACUUUGACAUCAAUUCGCGGAAUAUUACAAAGGGCAUCGCACAGCGGAAGCAAGUAUUACAAUAGUCAUGUGAAGACUAGCUACCCGAGUGGAAGUCUCUUCUUGAUUGAAGAUAUACAGAACUGGUCUGAGAAAUUUAAACCUAUUCACUACACGCACUACGCAUUACAAUCGACACGCAGUCGGCCAUCGUCUGCUGCUAGGAAACCAAUUGUUUCCCAGACUUCUAGAAUUAGUACAAUAAACAGUGAUUUAGAAGACGACCAAUCAAGCUACGUUGUAGCUUCGGGGGCGCCUACGUCAACUAUACCAACACAUCUUCCUGUUCCGGUCAGAAAAGGUGUUAGUGUUAAGGAAAAUGAAGACGUUGUAUGGAUUAAAAUGGCUGAAGAUGAUGACGUGUUUCUUCUAGACAAACCGCCACAACUGGGUGUACUUCAUCACAAACCAAGAAGUAGAUCCUCCUCUAAUCUAUCUAUCUAUCUAUCUAUCUAUCUAUCUAUCUAUCUAUCUAUCUAUCUAUCUAUCUAUCUAAUAGAUAGAAGGAGGGAAACCAGAGAAGCCUUAAUCGCCAUUACAACUACUACAACUACUGUUAGCAGACAACAAUACAACGCUCCUUUCCCCCUUUCUUUCUCUCGGCAACCUAACAAUAAAAUGUGCUGUAAUUUUCAUUCAUUCAUUCAUUCUUUCUUUCUUUUUUACUUCCUUCCUUCCUUCCUUCCUUCCUUCCUUUCUUUCUUUCUUUCUUUUUCUUUCUUCGUUUCUUUUUUCUUUCUUUCUUCGUUUCUUUUUUCUUUCUUUCUUCUUUUUAGAAGCUAA